UCCAUUUAUAAUUUACUGUUUUGCAAUACGUAGUUGUGUUUAUUAAUGUACGUCGCAGCGGCUCAAGCCAGGCACAAACACGCGCCAAAAGGAGUUAAAACUCGGAAUUGUGGAAAGUCUUCGAUCCUCUUUGAAUGGCAGCCAGUGUUGUUAGCGCGAACUAGCGGCUAGCUAGCGUUAGCACGCUCGAUUGGCUCGUACUUCACGAUGAGGGUUAGCUACGGAACACGUACUGCAACGAAAGCAAUUGCAAUACUUGUGAACGGUUAACGUUCACCAGAUAAACCCGUGUGGUUGUUUUUAAUGCGUUAAAUGGGGUGCGUGUAGGCUCUCGUGGCGCUAGUUAGCUUAGCUUAGCUAGCGGCCUUAAAGGCAGUAACGGCGUCAACGUGAGAUGAGCUAACAUUUGAACGUGUGUUGUGGGAUACGGGACUUAAUAUUCACUGUUGUAUACGUUGUGGUAUCUAUAAGAUAGUUAUUUUGCAGUAACUUCGCCCUCACUACGUUGGUGAGUAAUGUGUUCGUGGUCAUCUGUUGAACGCGAGCAGUCUGAGUUUAGCUAGGUUAGUUAUCGCGGUGUUAUUUUCCCGCUGUCAACCAAACCGCUGUUUGCGAGGAGUAACCCGACUUUCAUAUUCGUCUCCUGUUAUUUUUUUUUUUACAGGACAUUUGUUUACGCUGUGGUGACUACCAAGUAUACCAGGAUGGAUUCUGAGAUUUUGAACAUAGAAGAUAUUGUGAUGGGUCGGGGAUUGCCAGAUCCACCUCCUGUAGUCCCCCCAGUAAAACCAGCAGAAAAGCUCAAACCCAUCCUUUUCCAAGGACCUCCUGCAGGAUCCGUUCAAUCCUACCAGCAUGAAAACCUGCAGUGUUUCCAGUGCUUCAUCACCUUCUGCAGUGCCAAAGCCAAGGAAAGGCAUAUGAAGAAGAGCCACCGGGAAGAAUACAAGCAACAGCUUCAGCAGGGAAACACAUUGUUCACGUGCUAUGUGUGUGACCGAUCAUUUCAGUCAUCUGAGGAACUGACACAGCACCAGCCAACACACAGCAAGGACGACAAGCCCUUCAAAUGUGUGCACUGCAAGGAGAGCUUCAAAACAUUCUCUGAACUAACAGCCCACAGAAGACAGAUGUGUCCAGAGAAGCAGUUGGUUUGUAAAGAUUGCAAUGAGACCUUCCGGAGCGCUGGACUGUUGCGUACUCAUCGUCUGACCCAGCAUCUUCGCCCCGAGGUAGAGACGGCAGAACAGCCGGAGGAUCCUACGAAAACCCACCUCUGUAAGAAGUGUGGUCAGGGCUUUGAAACAGAGCCAGAGCUGAUAGAACACCAGGAGAAGUACCCCGAAGGUCAGCAAUGCAACGGCAGUGCUUCAUCCGUCAAGAAACGGGGACGGCCUUCCAAAGCUGAAGACCCGCCAGCCGCUGAGAAAAAGGGAAAGCGGAAAAUGAAAGAUGAGGCGGAAGCCCCUGAGGAGGCGGUGAAGGCCAGCGCCACAUCAGAGUCAGCAGCGCCUCCUGCAGAGGGAAAAGCAAGUGGGGCAAAGCGUGGCCGUCCGACCAAAGCGGCGGCGGCGGCGGCAGCAGCAGCAAAAUCGGAAGUGGAAGAUAUGAAGAUUCCUGAGGAUGACGAUCAAGCUCCAGCAAAGGAGAAGAAACCGAAAGCGGUUUCUGCUCCUCCGGCCCGUCAGCACCCCUGUCCUUAUUGUGACCUCACAUUUUCCAGCCUGAUUCAGCUCCGUGCUCACAAGAAGGAGAAGCACGGCCCGCGGAAAGCCAAUCUCUGCUCGGAAUGUGACGAGAGCUUUUCCCGUCCCGGGCAGCUGGACACCCACAUGUUACGAGCUCAUGCCGUGGGCCGCCUCGCCUGCCCGGUCUGUGGGAAGAGCUUUGGCCGUGAGCGCACCUUGGAAGCUCACCAGAAAACCCACCCGGAGGAAACCCCUGAAAAUCCAAUUGCAAAGAGAUAAUUGAGCCAUGGGGACCUUGCAUAAAGUGUAUGGUUUUUAUUCAGAUAUUGUCUUUUUUCCCCAUCUCCUGAUGGUAGGUCAGAGUUUGGAAUGUUUUUGAGAAAUAUGUUUUAGCAAGUUUUGGAUUAGAAUUUAAAUUUUGAUUAUGACAGGUUGAGAUGUUCACACAGACACCGACUAAAUUGACUAACAGAAUGUUAUUUUAUCAUCUAUUGCAGCCGUUGCCCCAAAACCUAGUUUAUUUGUAGAAAAAAAGAAGAAGUUUGGAUUGAACUUUUUUAAUGAAUUUUUUUUUUAGCUUGAAAUGUGUGUAGUUUGACUUUAUUACUUGGAGUUUCGAGUUCAACUCACUGGUUUAAAAAAAUGUUAAAGUUUUUAUUCCAACACAAAUUGGAUAAGCACCUAUUCUGCAGAAUAAAGAUACCUAGUAGAGAUACUAUGUUUAAAAUGUUCAGACAGUCUGUGAAAUAAUGUGUAUGUACAGCUUCUGGUUCAUAUUGUGCUUUUUUAUUUUUUACUCCUGAUAUUUUAAUUAAGAAUUUAAAAAAUCACGAUUUUGUUCUGUUAAGAAAAUGCAUUGGCUUAGAACUCCACAUUCACUGAGGCCAGAAAUUAUGGUCAAAAUAAAUGUUCCUUUUUUAAUUUUUCACUCAUUAGAAUAAUAUUUUAUGUCUUAGACAUUUCUUAACUGGAACUCGUGACUCAAAUGACUUGGAGUCCCAAAAUAAACUGUAAUAUCAUGUGUUUUUCACUGAUUGGCUUGUUUCUCUCCCCACUGCAAUGUGUCUGGACACUGCAAACGUGUAAUAAAACAUGCCGUCCCACGAGAGGCUGCUGAAGAAAUGA